AUGGCUAACUUCUUCUGCAAGGUCCUAUCAAAGAUUAUGAUAGAGAGGUUGGCUUGUCUUCUUCCUUGCUUGGUGUCAGAUGAGAAAGGGGUGUUUCAGAAAGGUAAGAUUAUCUCUGCAAACAUUGGUUUAGCUUCUGAACUUGCAAAUUUAUUAUAUACCUCUAUCAGGGGUGGUGGAAUGGGAAUUAAAGUAGAUGUGCAGAAGGCCUAUGACACCCUAAUUUUGAUUCUGUUGAAUGGUGGUCUGGUUGGGUUCUUUGGUGUGGAGCGUGGAUUGCGUCAAGGGGACCCAAUCUCCCCAAUGCUUUUUAUUCUUGUAGAGGAGGUGCUAAGCAGGGGCCUGUAUAGUCUUUUGAAGGAGGGGAAAUUAAAGGCUCUCCCUGGUCCAAGAGGGGUGAGUGUUCCUAGUCAUCUACUAUACGUAGAUGACAUAUUUAUCUUCAUGAACGCUGCAGCUAAACAUGUUCACUGUUUAAGAGAAUUUCUGCUCAAAUACCAAGAGUUUUUUGGUCAAAGUUUUAACUUGGAAAAAAGUAAGAUCUUCUUUAGUAAAGUUGCUCCUCAUGGGAAGAGAUUUAUUGCUGAUUUGUUGAACAUUCCCAUUUGUUCUCUACUAAUAAGGUAUCUUGGAGUAGAGAUCUUCAAAGGCAUUGUUAAGAAGGAUAGGAUGUUACCACUGAUGGACAAGAUUAAAGCUCGUAUGCAAGGAUGGAGGGGCAAACUGCUACCAAUUCAUAACUUUUUAGUUUAUUGGUGGCCUGAAUCUGUGAUCAUAAUAGUGGAGCGAUGGAUGAGGAACUUUUUGUGGUCAUGGGAUAUUGACACGGUGAAGAAAAUCUCUGUGAAAUGGGAAGAAGUAUGCAAGCCUAAGGCAGAAGGAGGUUUAGGGAUCAGAAGAUUAAGAGAUGUGAACUGUGCAGGGCUCAGUAAACUUGUGUGGCAGAUGAAACAUGAAAAAACUGCCUUUAGUAGUUUCUUAUGGGUGAGGUUUGUGAAUGAAGGAGGAGUUCUCAAGAAGGGGUAUAAAUCUUCCUUUGUGUUAAAAGGUAUAGCCAAGAUGUGGAACUUUGUCUCUGAAGCUGAGCGUUGA